UAUUUUCUUUCAUUUGAUUUAGAAAAUAAAUGGAUUCUACUCGUGGUGACAGCUCAAACGAUGAACGGAGAAUUUCUAUGGACGCCAACAACAGUAAGGAUAAGAAGAGUUACCAUCGCCACACUAAUCACCAAAUUUAUAGGCUUGAAGCGUAUUUUAAGGAAUGUCCUCAUCCAGACGAAUUGCAGCGACGUCAAUUGGGUGAAGAACUGAAUCUGACACCAAAACAAAUCAAGUUUUGGUUUCAAAACAAAAGAACACAAGCCAAGACUCACAAUGAAAAAGCAGAUAACGCAAUACUUAGAGCAGAAAACAUGAAGAUAAGACGUGAGAACGAAGCAAUGGAAGACGCACUCAAGAAUGUGGUUUGCCCUCCAUGUGGUGGCCGUGGUCCUGGGAGAGAAGAACAACUUCGCCAUCUCCAAAAACUGCGUGCACAAAACGCUUUUCUCAAAGAAAAGUAUGAAAUACUCUCAAACUACGUAAACCAGCACGAAGGUGACUCAAUGCCUAACGUCGAUGCCUUACCCUAUCACCAUGGUCCAUCAACCUAUGCAUCGACGUCCAAUCACCGUCCUGCGUUGUAUGGAAGCUCUUCUAACCGUCUCCCCGAGUCUUCAAGUUUAUCAAGAGGACCAUACACUCGUGGAAACAUCAACUCACCGCCUCAGCCGCGAAAAUCGCUGCUAGAGCAGCAUUUCCAACCACUAUCUCAACUGGAGAAAUUUGCGAUGUUUGAAACUGCGGAGAAAGCGGUAGCAGAGGUUAAGAGUCUCAUUCAAAUGGAAGAAUCAAUGUGGAAAAAGUCGUCUAUUGAUGAUAGGCUCGUCAUUGAUCCAGUGCUCUAUGAGAAAUGUUUUACUAAGAUUAACACAAAUGGUCGUCCUGAGUCUUCUAAAGAAGUCGUGGUGGUUCAAAUGGAUGCUAACAACUUGAUCGACAUGUUCUUAAAUGCGGAGAAAUGGGCGAGGCUUUUUCCAACAAUUGUGAGCGAGGCCAAAACGAUUCACGUGUUGGAUUCCAUUGACCAUCGAGGACAAACUUUCUCAAGAGUGAUAUUUGAGGAACUGCACAUACUAUCGCCACUGGUGCCACCGAGAGAGUUUGUGAUACUAAGAACUUGCCAACAAAUGGAAGAAAAUGUCUGGAUGAUAGCUGAUGUGUCCUGUCAUCUUCCAAACAUUGAGUUUGAGUUUGCGUCUCCGAUCUGCACCAAACGUCCUUCCGGUGUGCUCAUUCAAGCCUUGCCCCAUGGCCUCUCUAAGGUGACGUGGAUAGAGCAUGUGGUAGUGAAUGAUAAUAAAGUGCGGCCACAUAAGCUUUACAGAGACCUCUUAUACGGCGGCUUUGGCUACGGAGCUCGACGUUGGACCGUUACUCUUGAGAGGAUGUGUGAGAGGCUGUUUCUCUCCGCCUCCGUCCCUGACUUCCUCAACAAUGACAACCCCGGAGUUGUGCAAACAAUAGAAGGCAAAAGGAGCGUAAUGCAAUUGGGAGAAAGAAUGUUGAGGAACUUUGCAUGGAUAAUGAAAAUGAGUGACAAACAGGAUUUCUCGCAACAUUCUGAAACUAACAAUAGCGGAGUUAGGGUUUCGGUUCGGAUAAACAAUGAGGCGGGUCAACCGCCGGGUCUCAUUGUCUGCGCCGGUACAUCUUUAUCCCUCCCUCUCCCUCCUAUCCAAGUCUACGAUUUCCUUAAGGAUCUGGAGGUUCGUCACCAGUGGGACGUUCUGUGCCAUGGGAAUCCAGCGACGGAGGCUGCUCGUUUUGUCACCGGAUCAGACGAAAAGAACACUGUGACUUUUCUCCAGCCUUCAAUCGUAGGGGAUGAUGGUAGUAAACUGAUGAUACUUCAAGAUAGCUUCAAAGAUGCAUUAGGAGGAAUGGUGGUCUACGCUCCAAUGGAUCUAAACAUCGCCUACGCCGCCAUUUCAGGGGAAGUCGUUCCUAACACCAUUCCAAUCCUCCCAUCCGGUUUCAUCAUCUCCCGUGACGGCCGUCCUUCCGAGGGCGAAAUCGAGGGUGGCAGCUCGACACUCCUCACAGUGGCUUUCCAGAUCCUUGUCUCUGGUCCGAGUUACUCUCCUGAUAUGAACCUGGAAGUUUCUGCCACCACAGUCAAUACCUUGAUUAGCUCAACCGUUCAAAGGAUCAAAGCCAUGCUUAAUUGCCAAUGAUGAUGGUCAGUGAGAGUCGUUCGAUGAAGUUACCAGUUCCCAAAUCUCAACUCUUUGUUUUUUUUUUCUUUCAUUUUCAAAUAAGUGAGAAGAGUUUUCUCCGUUUGAUUCUCUAAGGAGAGUCGUAGUACUUUUUCAUGUUUUUCGUUGAUUUAAAACUUCAUUAUAAUAAAUUUCUAAGGUAAGG